AUGCCUGCCAAUAAACCUUUUUUCAAUGCUUCGAAUCCAUAUACUCAUGCCGAUAGUAUAAUUGGUACCCUGCCUCAGCACAGUCAUCAUCAAUUCCCACUUUCUGGUAGUUCAUCUGUGGAUAGUUCCCACAGCGGUGGCUACAACAUCAACAGCGCAUAUCCACCUUCUUCCAGUAAUUACGUUGCAUCAGCUAACUCUGCAUCUCAACUAGACACGUAUGCUCCUCAAUUGGUGCACACUUGGUCUCCGAACCAUUCAAUUCUUUGUGUGGCCGCUUCUCCUUCACGCAAGUUACUUUUCUGUGGAACUCAAGACUCUUACAUCUUGAUCUAUGACUUGGAGUCUUAUUCCUUAGCCAGAUCAAUCAGCAACGGUCACAAUGCGUCGGUGCUCACUUUAAUAUUGAGUGAGGAUGAAAACUAUUUAUUUACUGCUGGCUCUGAUUCCUUAGUUAAAGUAUGGGACGUUGGUCUGCUCGUUGAGAACUCUUCAAAGAAAGAAUCUACCACGACGACUAAUAAUGAUAAAAUGUUUUGCAACGAAGAAGAUGAAGUGUGUCCCAUAUACAUUAUAUACACGUUUAUUGAUGUUGGUGAUAUUUUUUCACUUUCCUGGUCUCAAGAGUUCAAGACACUUUUCAUUGGUACUCAGAAUGCAUCGAUCUUGUAUUGUGACUUGCUGUUUCAACUUGAUCGGAAGAAUCACAAUCCAGAUUCCAUUCACAAUCUUCCUCAUGUGAGAUUCGAUAAGUUCUUUGAUUCCAAGGGUCCAGGAGGAAGCGUUAACAAGUUACAGACACAGCAACAACUUCUUCGUUCUCAAGUGACUGGAUAUCAUCAUAAAGCCGAAUUAAUAGAGAUUAACCAGAAUCAUAUUAUCAGGUUUGCUCAUAAUGGAUUCAUCUAUUGUAUGGUAUUGGUUAAGAGGGAAGACAUUCUGAAGAUGUUCAAUACGUCUAUUGAUUCUUCUUAUGACAUUAUAUUGAUUAGUGCGGGUGGUGACUCAAUAAUCAAGAUAUGGGGAGUGAAAAAGACCAACGAUUGUUAUAAAUGGACUUCACUCGAAAGUUUAGAUAACGAUGAUGAAUACGAAGUGUUGUCCAUGAGCAUUGAAGGCACUUGUCUCUAUGCUGGUUUGUCAAAUAUGAUUUUAAACGUGUGGGAUUUGACUACCUUCCAAUUGGUGAGAAGCAUCUCAUGUGGUGAAGAAGCAGAGGGACAAGAAGAUGAAGAUGAUGAUAAAGAUGAUGAUAAAGGAAAGGUGGGUGGUUCAUCAUCAGAUCAGUUAUCCGAUAUACUUUCAUUUGCUGUUUAUCGUGAUUGCGUCUUCAAGGCAAGCCAUUGUGGUGUAACAAAAUAUAAAUUGAAUCAAUAUCCUGAAUCAUCGUCUUCCAAGCGGGAGUUUAAGACCAAAUUGGAUAAAAAGGGAACUAGUUACAACAUUCUUUUUGUUGAAAUUUUUUCUUCUUCAAUCACCAACAAAGCGUAUUUGCUUGCUGGUGGGAAUAGACUAUUGAAUUUAUGGGACAUUUCUCAAUUGAAUGAUGACGGUCAUAAUUCAUAUUCAAAUAUAAGAAACACGUUAGAAUCUACUUCUUCUUCUUCUGUUUCUAACGACAGACUUCUUCAAGAAUUAAGUACCUUUAUCUCCUUUAGAACAGUUUCGAAAUUCCCUUCGUUGUAUCUCGAAGAAUCACGUCGGUGUGCUCAAUUCCUUACAUCUUUAUUUAUCAAGUUGGGGGCAUCUCAGACGAAACUUCUUCCUGUCCCCAAUGGGAAUCCCAUUGUCUAUUCAUUGUUUCGAGCAAACAGUCCCAAUAUAGCAAAAAAACAACCAAGAAUCCUUUGGUAUGGACAUUACGAUGUUGUUGAUGCCGAUGACGAUACGUGGAACUCCUCGCCAUAUCACAUGACAGCAAAGGACGGGAACUUGUAUGCUCGUGGUGUCUCUGAUAACAAGGGUCCUAUUCUUGCUGCGCUAUUCUCGGUGGCCAAACUUUAUAAAGAGGAGCAAUUGGGAUGUGAUGUGGUUUUCAUCAUAGAGGGUGAAGAAGAAUGUGGAUCCAUUGGAUUUCAAAAGAUCAUAAGUGAACAUCGCGGGUUGAUAGAAUCUGGAGGAUCUAUUGAUUGGAUUAUGCUUCUGAACAGUUAUUGGUUAGACGAUACAACUCCUUGUUUGAACUAUGGUCAUAGAGGGGUGAUCAAUGCACUGAUAACCAUUAAAUCCGAGAAGCCAGAUAGACAUUCUGGAGUUGAUGGAGGGGUUUCCCGAGAGCCAACUAUGGAUUUAGUUCAUUUGUUGAGUAGCCUUUCGUCUAAAGAUGGCAAGAUCCAAUUGGAUAAUUUUUACGAUAAUGUUAGACCCAUUACAAGUGAUGAAACUGAAUUAUUACUGGAGAUUGUUGAUCAUCAUGAAACCCUUGAUCCAUCGAAUUUAAUAGCCAAAUGGUCAAGUCCUUCAUUAACCAUUCAUGCCAUGAAUGUCAGUGGACCUCAUAACAAUACCACUGUGAUACCUCAAACCGCUACUGCGUCGAUAUCGAUUAGAAUCGUACCUAACCAAGACUUGAACCAUAUCAAGGCAUCAUUGGUGAAGUAUCUCCACACCAGUUUCGACCAAUUAAAGAGCGAGAACCUUCUUUCAGUGAACAUCUUCCAUGAAGCAGAACCAUGGUUGGGGAACCCUAAGAAUGACUUGUAUCAAGUGUUGUACCAGAACUUGACUAAACAUUGGAACAUGACUCCGUUGUUUAUUCGUGAAGGGGGGUCCAUUCCCUCGAUACGUUUCUUGGAGAAAUGCUUGAAUGCUCCAGCAGCUCAAAUUCCUUGCGGUCAAGCAAGUGAUAAUGCUCAUUUGUUGAAUGAAAAGUUACGUAUCAUAAACUUGUACAAAUUGAGACAAGUUUUAACCAGCACAUUAACUGAUCUUGCCAAAAAGAAUAAGCAUAAUUAA